UAUAUUAUUACAAGACGUGUAUUUACGAGUGUAUUUUCUAUUUACUAACUAUUUAUCAUUUUACCAAUCACACCUCCUGUCGCAAGUCCAAACAGUCCUCACAUUUUUAUUCUAUUUAAAGCUAAAUAUGUAAUAUCGUGGAUAUUGGAAAUAUUUCUUGAAAACGCUUGGGUAUAAAUUUAUUAAUAGCACACAUCGGUUCUGGAAUAUUGUUUGUCAAUGCAUUGUUAUCAACUCGAUUUCUGUGUUCGUACGUUUAAUCAGAAAAACAUUAUUUUAAUGUAAUUCUGUAUUGGUAUGUUGAAAAAUUUCAUUAUUACAGUGAAUAUCUCAUGAACAUCCGCACGUCAAUACUACAACUCUGUUGACAUUGGACAUCGAUAAGUUUUCAUAGUGUCAUUGUGUAUUGUGAGUCGGUGAUCGUAGUUAUCGUAUAGUGUGGUUCAAUGUUAGUUGAAUAUAUCGUUACUUGUUGAAGCUAAUUUGUAUUUUCCUGAAAUGUUGGCAUUUUUUUCUAUCUACUUUUAUAACGCCUUCGUGAUAAGUUGUUAGUAGGCGUCAAGUUUUUUUAAUCUAUAUAUUAUAUUUAUAUUAAUACAAUGUUAUACACAUACAUUUUUAAUUAUCUAUAAUAGUAUUUAAUUUAAAAUGGCAGAGAAAAUGACCAAUGAUAUUAUAAUAUCUUCCAGUUCAAAAUAUGAAGAUGCUAAGAUAAAUACUGAAAAAAGGGGAAAGAGAAAUUUAUCAAUAUCUGAAGAUGAAGAUGAAUACAAUAAUCAUACAACUGAAACAUCUACAAAUGAAAAAACACUUUGCAUGGAUGGUCAGACAAAUUCUAUAAGAACCUCUAAACAAUCUUUGAGUGAUGUUAUUCAACAAUUAACUCAGCAGAUUGAGCACAUAGAAAAUGUUGCAAGACAGAAUGUCAUAAAGAAAACUGAAAUGAAUGAUAUAAACUAUGAUGAUGAAUUUAUGUAUCAACCACCCAAUAAAAUAAUUAAAUAUGGUAUUGAAAUGAGUACAGACUCCUGUCACUUGGAUGAAAACAGUAUCAGGUCCAUCAACAAAAUUAACUCAAUAAAGCAUGUCAAUAAAAAGAUUAAAUUGGAUAAAAAUACAAGUUAUCAAAAAAAUGUCAAUGAUUUUAAAAGAGAUACUAAAAGUCUCACCAAUGAUGAGGUACAAAUGUUAUUGGAGUUAUCAUACAAUUUUGAUGAUGAAAUUGUAUUUGACAAUGAAGACAAUACUCACAUCAAAGUCCAAACUACUGAGGAUGAGCUUUUGGAUUUAUAUGAAGAGGAGUCUGAUGAAGAAGUUAUUAAACAAACCAUAGAAGAUAUCAUCGUUUCAUUGGAUUCUUCAAAUAGGUUUUGUGUUGACCUUUCGAAUGUAACCAAAAGUGUUAAAGACUUGGAAAAUAUAUUAGAGCCAGUUGAUGAUUUAUGUAUAAAUGAGAAUUCAAAUUUUCAAGAACCAAUAACUUUAAUUUCCAACUCCAAUCCAGAGUAUGAGUUAUCAAAAACAGUGCCUGAAAUUUUUGAACACAAUAAUAAUGAUGUCAUUGAUUCAGAAAAUAUUCCAGACCAAGCAAUAAAAUUGAAUAUGCCAAUUUUAUUAAAUGAAACAAAAUUAGAUAAUGAAAUAAUUAGUAUUUCUACUGAAGAUGAAAACUUAUCACUAAGAAAUGAUUGUUCUGAAAAUAACAUAAUUGACCUAAGUGAAGAGUUUCCUAAUUAUGAAGUUGAAGUGAAUAGUGGUGAAGUCUUUCAACCUUAUGAAUAUAAUUUUGAUAAUAGAAGUGAUUCAAUAAGUACUGAUCUAGAUGAUUUUAUUGAUUUUACUAAAUGUAUUGGUGAUGAAAUCAUAUUGGAUGAUGAUAAUGAUGAUAUAAGUAUAUGUAAUGAAGAAACAAAGUGUGAAAGGUUGGAAGAUGAUGAUAGUACAUCUAAAAUUAAUGCUGAAAAAAAAAAUUUAAAUAUUUUAAAAAGAUCUUCCCAUAAUGAAGAAGAAAUGUUUUCAAAGAUCCUUAACAAUGAGAAAGAUAAAUUAGAAGUGGAUAAAGAUUGUACUGACAAAAUAAUUGUGUCACAAACUUGUGAUGAUAAUUUUUAUGAAAAUGUUUCUAAAGCGUUUAUAAAUGAAAAUGAUUUAUUGGAGGUAACGAGACAUACUAGUUUUAUUAAUGAGGAGAAAAAAUCAGACCGACUAGAUGCAUUGAAUAUGUCUACUAAUUAUGAAAAUAAUGAAACAAUAUUCAUUAAUAAUGAAAUAGAUCAACAAAGUGAAACAAGUUCGCCAUUCAAUUCUUCUGAUCCAAAAAGGAUUUUGGAAAGUUCCAAUAAUGAUUCUGAACACUCAGAUGAUUCAUUGGGCUUUAUGCCUUCGGGUAGGGACUUGGUGAAGUACGGAAUAGAAUGUGAAGAACAUGAAAAGUCUAUUUCUCCAUUCCUAAAUAAUUUACAAAAUGAUAUCAGUGAUACAGAACUUGUUCCUCAAUACAAAAAGUUCAAUGAAGUAUCUAAAAAAAUCAAUACUUUUGUGAGUUCUAGUUCUGCUAAAGAUUAUGAGGACAAUGUUAAAUAUUUCUAUGACUGUGACAUUAGCAGCAUUGAAAACUCGGAUGAAGAAGAUAAUGUAUUGUUGUCUUUUGAAAAAGAUUCUUCAAUAGAUAAUUGCGUUUUUGUUAAAAACCAAGACAAAUUGAUUGCAUCCAAUUCUAUUAAUAAUGAACAAAAAUUAUUUGAAAAUAAUUCAAAAAUUCAAGAUUCAUCUUCUGCUUCUGAAAGUUGUAAUAACUUAAGUAAUGUUAUGGAAACUCCAGUUUCAUUAAUUUAUUCACCUAGUCGUGAUCAUCAGUAUGCUAAGAUUUUAAGUACAAGCAUGUCUAAGAAACAAAUUUCACGUGAUAAUUCUGAAGUUUCUAUACUUAAAAAUGAUAUUGAAUGUUGUGAAACAAAUCCUGAUACUGAUAAGUUGGAAAUUUUAAAUGAUUCGAAUGUGAAAAUUACUGCUAACAAUAUAAUACCCAGUAUUAAUGACUCAGCUGUUAUUAAUAUAAUUCAAUCUGAUAUGUGUAUAGACCCAGAUAAAUUUAAUGAGCAAAAAAAUUUAGAAGAUUCAAAUAAAAGCCAUAUACAAAACAAUGAAAAAAAAUCAAUUUCUAAGUCUAAUACACAUCAGACUAUCAAUAAGUCUCAAAAAUCUUAUAAAAAUAAUGAAUCUGAAACAAUACCAAAAUUCAAUAGUAAGGAGGAGAUAGCUAAACUAAAUACAUUUCAAUCUUGUAGUUCUGAUGUAGAUCAAGACGAGAUUGACAAAAAAAUAUAUUUAGAAAAAAUUAUUAAGAAUGAAAAACUAUUUAAUGAAUUUGAUGAGAAAUUGGAUGUGAAUGAAACAGUUACAUUACCUUAUAUAUCUCAAUCUUUAGCAAAAUCUACUAAUUCACGAAGUGCAUUAACAAAAAAAGCAGCUGCCAAUAUUAAUAUCCAUGCUAUGGGUGAAAAAGCUUUGUGCACCUAUUUAACUCAACAAACAAUGACAUUAGAUGUCUUAGAGGUUUUACAUAAGUCUUUAGAUACAUGUCCAUCAUCUGGCGUAUUAAUGGAAGACCCAGAAGGGUUAGUUGUGUCUCUCAUGCCACAUCAAAAGCAUGCCAUUGCUUGGUUAAUUUGGAGAGAAAGUCAAAAGCCACGUGGUGGAAUUUUAGCGGAUGACAUGGGUUUGGGUAAAACAUUGUCUAUGAUAUCGUUAGUUUUGAAAGAAAAACAACAAGAAAGUUUAUUACCAAUAGUAUCUAUUGACAACAGAAGUAAUGAUGAUAUAAUUGGUGGGACUUUGAUUGUUUGUCCGGCAUCUUUAUUGAGUCAAUGGCAAAAUGAGUUUACUACCAAAUUGAAACCAGGAUUGUUAAAAGUUGGCCAAUAUUAUGGAAUAAAUAGAAAUAUAGCUGCCAUAGAAUUGGCAAAAAAUGAUGUUGUAAUGACAUCAUAUAGCAUAAUAAUGUGGGACUAUAAAAAACAACAAAAUUCUAGUCCAUUAUUUCAUAUUAAAUGGAGGCGAAUCAUAUUGGAUGAGGCUCAUCAAAUUAGAAAUAAAAAGACACAAACGUCUUUAGCCGUAUGUAAUAUGACGUCUAUGUAUCGGUGGGCUAUAACAGGAACACCGAUUCAUAAUAAAGGAGCUGAUUUCUUCACUCUUCUAAAAUUUAUUCGUUGUCAUCCAUUUGAUGAUUGGGAUGUGUGGAAAAGGUGGGUUGGAAAUAACGAUGUUGCUGGGCAACAUAGGUUAUCCCUGAUCGUGAGAACAUUAAUGCUUCGUCGAACAAAACAAGAACUCUCCAAGUAUACGACUUUCAAAAUACCUACUAAAACUGUCCAUGAAAUUGAAAUUGAAUUAUCAAAAGAAGAACGAAAUGCAUAUGAAAAAUUACUUCAAUUCUCAAGUAAUCUUUUUGCUACAUAUCUGUAUGAUAGAGCAGCAAAAGAAAAAGUAUUUGACUCUAGUAUCAAAGUACAAUGUAAAGUUCAAUAUUUUCAAGAAGAAAGUCAAGAUAAAGACAAAAUCUUCAAAGAUCACCCAGAAUUACUUAAGUUGUUCAGAAAGUUUAAGAAUAUAGAUGAAAUACAAACUUAUCACAUACUGGUGUUGCUUUUGAGACUGAGACAAAUUUGCUGUCAUCCAGUUUUGAUUAAGGGACCUAUAACUGAAGAUAAUAUUAAAGAUGUGGAGAAUAUCCCGGAAGAUUUUAAUGAAGUUAGUGAAUGUAAUUUAACUAAUAGUGAUUCAUAUUGUAAUGAAGACACUAGAAUAGUUAACUUUCCAAGUAUUAUUGACUUAUCAAGACUUAUGAGUUGCCUUACACUAAACGAAGAACCAGCUAAGAAAAAUCCUGAGCUAUAUAAUGACAAUAAAAUUUUUGAAAAAUCUUGGAUAUCCUCUAAGAUAAAAAAGAUUUGUGAUUUGAUAAAUGAGAAAGUUUUGAAUGGCAAUAAUGAAAAAGCAAUAAUUGUUUCACAAUGGCCAAGUUUUCUCUAUUUGAUUAGAGAAAACUUGUCUCGCUAUGAUGUGAAAAUGGAAAUGUUUUCUGGCACAAUUCCUAUUUUAAAAAGGAAUAAAAUCAUUAAAGAUUUUGAUAAUCCCAACGGCGGACCACAAAUUUUACUGUUGUCACUGAAAGCUGGAGGUGUUGGCCUUAACCUCAUGGCGGCUAACCAUUUGUUUCUUAUGGAUGUUCAUUGGAACCCCCAAAUGGAGGCGCAAGCUAGUGACAGAGUAUACAGAGUAGGCCAAAAAAAACAAGUUAAUAUUUACAAAUUUAUAUGUGCUAAUACAAUUGAAACACGUAUAUUAAAUAUACAGUCACAAAAGCUACAAAUUGCUAAAAAUUUAUUCGAGGGUUCCAGUGCGAUUUCAUCUAAAAUUACAUUAGAUGAUCUGAAACAGAUUUUCCAAUUCCAGUGAACACAUUCUAAUUUUUUUUUUUUUUUUUUAGUAUUUAUUAUUCUUAUUUCUGUAAUUUAUUAUAGUUGAAUAUUGUAUUAUAUUAUUUUGUAUUUAAAUAUUUAAUUAUUAGUUAAGUUUUAUAAAUGUAACUUUAUUUUUUACUGUUUUUGAAACAGCAGUGUUAUUUAAAAAUUUAUAAAUCAUAUUAUAUUUGUGUUUCAAUUUUAAGUAUGUACAGAAAAUGAAUAGGUUAACAUAAAAACUGUCUAUUGUUCAAUUUAUUUUAUAUGUUA